CGGGGCGAAGCCGUGUCGGGGCUCGCCGCGUCUCCGAGCCACAGGCAGGGAACCAGCAGCGGCGGCGGCACGAGCCGAGCGCCCCGGGCGGCCCCAAGAUGACUAGGAUAGUGGUAAUUGUUGCUUGGUGUUUUCUGCAAGUGGAAGGCAGGCAUCCAGAAACCCUCCCCAGUCACCACAACAGUGGCAAUUUCUUGGACAACGACAAGUGGCUGAGCACCGUUUCGCAGUAUGAGAGAGAUAAAUACUGGAACAAAUUCAGGGAUGAGGUUGAGGAUGAUUAUUUCAGAAACUGGAACCCAAACAAACCAUUUGAUCAAGCUCUUGAUCCAUCCAAAGACCCAUGUUUGAAGGUAAAGUGCAGCCCACAUAAAGUGUGCGUCACUCACGACUAUGAGACUGCUAUUUGUGUAAGCCGUAAGCAGCUGGUACACAGCCUUUGGCAAAAGAAAGGAAAUCUGGCCCCGAAACAUUGGAUUGGACCAGCCAAUUUAGUCAAGUGCAAGCCAUGUCCAGUGAUGCAUGCCAGCCCUGUCUGUGGCUCUGAUGGACAUACUUACACUUCCAAGUGCAAGUUGGAGUUUCAUGCUUGUACUUCUGGCAAAACUGUCGCAGCGCGAUGUGAGGGGCCCUGCCCAUGUCUUCCAGGACAAGAAAGCCCAAAACACAAGGCUGAGAAGACUGCUUGCACAGACAAGGAGCUGAGAAGUCUUGCUUCCCGACUAAAAGAUUGGUUCGGUGCUCUUCAUGAGGAUGCAAAUCGUGUCAUUAAACCAACAAGUUCGGACACAGCACCAGGCAGGUUUGACACCAGCAUACUACCAAUCUGUAAGGAUUCAUUAGGCUGGAUGUUCAACAAACUUGAUAUGAACUAUGACCUCCUGCUGGAUCACUCAGAGAUCAAUGCAAUUUAUCUUGAUAAGUAUGAGCCAUGCAUUAAACCCCUCUUCAACUCAUGUGACUCCUUCAAAGACGGAAAGCUUUCUAACAAUGAAUGGUGCUACUGCUUUCAGAAGCCAGGAGGUCUCCCUUGCCAGAAUGAAAUGAACAGGAUUCAAAAGCUAAGUAGGGGGAAGAGUCUGCUGGGUGUUUUCCUUCCACGGUGCAAUGAGGAAGGAUAUUACAAAGCAACUCAGUGUCAUGGAAGUACAGGGCAAUGCUGGUGUGUUGAUAAGUAUGGAAAUGAGAUCGCAGGCUCAAGAAAACAAGGGACUGUUAGUUGUGAAGAAGAGCAAGAAACCUCAGGGGAUUUUGGCAGUGGUGGAUCUGUUGUAUUACUGGAUGAUUUGGAACAGGAUCGUGAAGCGGCGAAAAAGGACAAAGAAGGGAAAAUGAAGAUUCACGUAAGAGCAGCUAAUGAGGAUGAUGAAGAUGAAGAUGACGAUAAGGAUGAUGAAAUUGGUUAUAUAUGGUAGUUGUCACAGUUCUGAGGACUCAUGUUUUGCACAAUAUUGCAAGUCACUUCAUAUCUCUGCAAUUGUAUCUAAGAACAUCAGGCACAAAAUAUCUCUCCUCUCUGUUUAAUUUUGUACAAUAUAUAUCAUUUUCAAGACGGCUUUUUUCCAACUAGCUACUGGUUUGAAUACAGUUAAUUUUUUUCCCUCUAUCAACGGGGCUAUGAGUUUUUAGUUUUGUUUAAGCAAAAUUUCAUAGCUUAAUCCCCACCUGCAGAGCUUGUGAAAUACAGUUUAUGGGAUUUAAAAAGAAGAGAGAAAAAACAAACCAGUGCAAGAAUUAAAAGCCCGUUUUAUGUUAUGAACAUUGGAGAAGUUUUGUCAUCAGCUGUUAACUGAAUUUUCUGACCAUGCUAUAAGUAAUUGCUUUUCUUUUAUGCAGUAGGUAAUAUAGAAAAGCAGGUGCCUCAGUUUCUGUCCCGUGUCUGGCACUUGUCACUAAAGAGCAAGUCAUCUGUGUAUAAUAACUUCUGGCUCACGAAUAUUGAUGGUUUUAAGUCAGGAAGAAAUCCAUCAGUAUUUUUUCUCACUUGCUCUAAGAAUGAUUACUACAGGCUUAGUUCUGCCCUUAUUGAAGUCAAUGUUAAAACUCCCAUUGGCUGUAAAUGUGCAGGAUCAGGUCAUUGUCACCUCGUUUUCAUAGUUAAUACGAUCUCGAUCCUGAGAGAUGCUGAGCGUCUGCCGCUACCACCAACUUCGAGCCUUGUAGCAGGGGAACAGAAUGUUGGAAUGUUUUGUAAAUCUAGAUCAUUGUAACCAUUUUCCAACUAGAAAAUCUUGGGUUUCUGUUUUAAUUAGUUUGCACUAAGAGUUUGCACUAAUGUCAUGCAAGCUGCCUCUGUUUCUGGAGUAACACACCAAUGGAUCUGCGGGAAAUCCUCUGUUCUUCAUUUACCCUAAGUAACGCCUCAUUUGGAAGCUAGGAAGCUGUCAAAGAUACUCACCAUCAAAAGUAAUAAGCUGUCUCUUCUUUAUUUUAAAUUGUUAAUAUUUAUUUAGUCUGUAUAAAAAACAACCUUAGAUAGUCAUGUUUCCAACUAGCAUCUUUUCUGCUUAAUAUGAAAUAUCGUGCACUCCUAAUACACACCUAUAAAAUAGAAGAAUAUUAUUAAAAUUGAAUCCUCUGAUUCUUUAAGCCGUUCCCAUUUAUUCGUAUCUCCACAGCUGUAUCACAGCAUUCUGAAGCUAAAUUAUUUACUUCCCUUCCCUGUUGAAAGUCAUGGGUAAAAUGAAUGUACCAUAUCAUGGCUUUUAUCCCUUUUGUUAUUUUAUCCAGAUUAGCAGAAAACACGAUAACGAUGAGGAGUCAUGGGACAGAAUACAUUUGUAAGCAGUUCAUUUUUGUAUUUAAGAGGACAAAAGUGACCCAUGAUAGAACUUUAAUUCCAAAAUCUUUUAGGGUCAAAUGCACCAUGAGGUGACAGGAGUAAUUCCAUUUAAGUUAAUUGAGUUAUACCAGAAAUGAAUUUGGCCAAUAGGCAUUUCAAAGAAAACCUUUAUAUUUCUGUUAAAGACACUACUUCCUUAUGUGAAUUGACUUGCAUUUUCAAAAGCAGCUGUGGGGUGCAGUUUACCCUCAGACCCUUAGUCAAUAUAAGUAGUACUUUGCCUGCUUAUCUAUCUUGCAUGUUCCAUGAUUCAUUUUUGGCGGUGAAUCAUGUCAUUACAAGGUGAAGUUUGCAAAAUGAAAUCUACCAAUAUAAAUGCCAAAUUCCAUUCCAAAAGCAGGAUGUUUCACCCAUUUUCUUUGGUUUCAUGUCCUCAGGCUAGCAGUCUGAAUUUACUGUUCCUGUGAGCCCAAGCCAGACAUCCUUCUCAGGAAAAAGAACAGGAGUACUUGU